AUGGGGCUGGCGAAGCGCGUGCCCGAGAUCCUCGGGCUCCUCUUCACGGCAACGACCGGCUCGCUCUUCUACUGCCUCGCGUUCUCCAAGUACAUUCGGAGCAGCGAUACCGUCAACAACAUGCUCGGCUACAACACGGCCGCGCUCGCCUUGCACCAGCGCAUGCUGCCGUACUUGGACUUGGACGCGCUGUCGGCUGGCUACGGCACGCCCAUUACGUAUGCUAUGCUCAACAUGAACGAGACGGGCAUCUCGAUGCGCAUGCGGCUCUCGGCGGCAACAUUAGACCUCAACCACAUGGUGACGCCGGGGUCCGCGCUCUUCUUCUCCAACAUGGCACUCGCAACCCUCGGCCUCAACGUCACUUCGUUUCCAGUCGCUUGUGCAUGGGCGACCAAUACGACCAAAGGCAUUAGCGUCACGACCAAGUACUCGACGUCGAUGGCCGGCAAGCCCAACGCCGGGGUCACGUGGGCCGGUAUCAACAACCUCCCGACGACGAUCAAGGCGACGACCAACAUCGCGACGCUGACUGCGAUGGUUGUUGACGCGGUGAACGGGCGUUGUCAGUACAACCUCAAGCUCUUCCACAACGAAGCGUUCGAGCUAUGGACACCAACGAUGAUGAGCUUCAACAUUUACGAGACCAAUCUGCAAGUGAUCGACACGGGCGCUCGGCCGCUCAAGUGGACCUUCAACCCGAACGAAGCAACGUUUAGCUGGUUCUUUUACCGGCCGCGGUCGAGCGAGUUCAACAACGUUGCAUUGGCGUCGCAGCUCUUGACGAUCGUCAUCAUCCUCUCCGGGUUUGUCCGGCGCGUGUCGUUCUCGACGCCGUCGGGGCACAAGAAGAGUCUCUUUCGCUUCUCCGUCGACCCGCUCUCGUCCCAAGCCAAGUACUACAACGCCGGCCUCGUCAACUUUCUCGAAGUUUACAUCAUCGUGGCCGACCGGUACAUGUUUUUUCGAACGGUGAACGCUCUCGACUUCUUCAUGGCCAACGACUGGGGCUUCUCGCGCUGGCUCAUGUACUUCAACUACGCCAACCUCAUGGGCAGCGUGUUUUGGUUCGUCCUCGGCAUGCACAAGGCCAUCGCGCUUCUGCUCUAUGGCAUCUCGUCCGUCUCGAAGCGGACGAUGGCCAUCAAAGCCAAGAAGCGCCGGCGUCUCAGCCACGUGCGCUACGAUUCGCAUGGCGCUCGAAAGGCCGACAAGAAAUCGCCCUCGCGCAAAACGAGCAAGUCCAAACCCGUGGGAUCGGGCUUCAACUCGUUCACGGGCAUCGAGCCCCGCGAGUACUCGGGCAGCUUCCAGCGCGAGACAACGUCCGAGUGGAUCGUGCUGGUGAAGGAGGCAACGCGGCCCCGCCCCGACCUCAUCCUGGCGUGCAUGCUCCUCUUCCCGUCAGUCUAUUAUGCGGGCUUCUUUGGCGGCGCGACGGCGUGGGCGCCACUGAGUACACUGAGCUACUCGGCGCUCGGGAGCAACCUCGGCGCGGACCUCAUGAUGUGGAAUUUGAUCGUGUGCGCUGUCGUGACGUUGCCCCUCAACGGGUUGUAUCUGAUCUGGGAAUACCGCGGGAUGGCGGGCAAUGGCUGGGUCCAGUUGCGCCAGCCUGCGCGCGCGUACUACAACGAUAUCGUGCUCCUCAAGCCCAACGAGCGCCUUGCGGUUGUGACCGAAGGCCAGAUCGACUCGAUCUUGGGCAUCAUCAAGCUCUCGAUGACAAAGCGCCGACUCCAGAAGCUCGGUGAGACGGUGCAAGUUGCAUACUCGCUAACGAUCCACGAGGUCAUGCACGACUAUGUCAUAAGCGAGCUCGAGGCCAUCUUUACGGUGUUUUUGGCGGUCGAUAUUGAGGCCACGUACGGCUGCCUCGUGCAGCACCCGGUCGGCCCCAACCCGUUUUACAAAUACCCCGUCUGUGAGAUCAGCAACUACCGCCACCGCGGUGUGCUCCUCACGUGGCCGCGACCGACCAAACCUGGCAUUGACGAGUGGGAUUUUCAGCAAAUGUUUCUCAAGCGCAUCCAUCUCGUCGGCUCGUCCAACAACCCGACGUUCCUCGGUCAUGACGCUUCGGUCGCGAUCGACGAGACGACGGCAGUUGGUGACGACGUCGUCGCAGCCACCGAGCUCCCAAUGGCGAGUCGCAGCAAGGUCAAAGCACUGCCCGAGCUCAAGAACCCGCCGCGGUUGCGGUCGAGCGAGGCGGCGUUGGAUCAGCGCACGGUCACCGACUCGUUUGCGUCACCACUUCGACGCACUGUGUUUGAAGCCAGUGAGCUGAACGUCGAAGGCCCUGACGGGAACAGCGACGAUCCCGAGGUGACAACAACGCCCGUGUACGCUGCCACGUCACUCUGCGAGUCGUGACUAGCGUGAGACAGAGCGCGAAUUCU